CUUUCUUGCAGCGCGAUAUACCUUCCAGCCAAUUAAUGGUUAUAAUUGAUAGCAGAAACUGCAGGUCCAACGUAGGCUUAUUAUUAAUGGCGAAUGGUCUUAUCUUCGACGCUUUUCUCCGCGGACCGCACCUCCACUUUUGGAUUGACACCGGGCUGGCUGGUGAUAUAAAAACUGAAGAUAGCCAUGAAUUGACUUGAUUCAGCACAGUAUAGAUGAGCAAGAUGGCGGAGAAAGAGCAUCGCGAUGAUGGCCAGAAAAACACGGUCGUCGUUGGCGCUGAUGUUGAGAAUCCUCCCGCGCGCUACCAACCUACCAGAUGGCAGAGCAAUAUCACCAUUGCCAGCUGUUACAUUGCAAACUUCAGCGAUGGCUACCAAAACGGCCUCGCCAAUCCCACCAAUGUGAUAUUCAAGCAUCUGCUCGGUACCGACUUCAACUCUGAGAUGAAGACGCGGAUUAGCAACUCAUUGCUCAUCGGCGCGAUCAUUGGUAUUAUCGUUUUGGGAUACGCAUCGGAUAUGUUCUCGCGACGAGCAGGACUGCUCUUCACAUCGUCAAUUGUAGCCAUCGGAACGUUAAUGGCGACAGUCGCACUAUCAGUCCACCCAACAAUAAACAUGUUAUGGUACUUUGUCGUCGUCCGCGGUAUCGCAGGCUUCGGUGUCGGCGGCGAAUACCCACCCAGCGCAGCAGCCGGAAUUGAAGAAACAGACGAAUUCAUGCGCCAAUACCGCGGGCCCAUGUUCGUCUCCUUCACGACACUAAUGGCUACCCUUGCCAGCCCCAUCCUCAUGAUCAUAUACCUAAUCACGCUAGUCGCAAGUAACAAUAACCUCACAAUCGCUUUCCACGCCAUUUACUCAAUCGCUACUAUCCUCCCUGUGAUCAUCAUCGUCAUGCGCGUCUUCAUGGCCGACUCGACGCUCUUCCACUACUCGAAUUUCAAGAAUCAGCGUAAAUCACCGCGCCUCAUUCUCCUCCUUUUGCGGCGGUACUGGUGGCGCAUUACAAGUACCUCGCUAGCAUUCUUCCUAUACGACUUCAUCAACUUCCCCAACAGCAUCAUGUCAAGUACCAUCAUCUCCUCUCUAGUCAAGGACAACAACGUCCGCACAACAGCAAUCUGGCAGGUAAUCCUCGCCGUUCUCCCAGUGCCUGGCGUACUACUGGGCGCCUGGCUAACGAACCUAAUCGGCCGGCGGUGGACUGGCAUCGCCGGGUUCGCGGGGUACGUUGUCCUGGGAUUUGUGAUCGGAGGGACAUAUACGAAGCUAUCGCAACACAUUGCUGCCUUUGUUGUCUUGUACGGAUUACUGCAGGCAUUCGGCCACAUGGGCCCCGGAGCAACAAUUGGCCUCAUUUGCUCCGAGUCGUUUCCGACUGCAAUGCGAGGUGUGGGGUAUGGUAUUGCAGAAGCAUUCGGACGUGCCGGGGCUGCGGUUGGAACACAGUGUUUCACGCCACUGCAGGACUGGGCGGGUGACAGUGCGACGUUUUAUCUUGCUGGUGCGGUGGCCAUUGUUGGGAUGUGUGUUUAUUGGCUGUUGCCGGAGAGUGGGGAGUUAGAUUUGGAGGAGGAGGAUAAAGUGUUGAGGGCUUGGUUGGAGGAAAGGGGCUUUACGAGUGAUGGUGUAGCUAGAUAGGGUUUCAAUGGGGGUGUAAAUAAGCGUGGUUGAAUUAAUCCGAUUGGUCCAGAAAGAUUAGCUGGGAUAUACCCUGUAGGGUAUAAUCGAAACCACUAUUGGUUACGAAGACCUGUCUGUAAAACUGUUUCAUAUUUCAUUCU